AUGAGCAGCACAAAGCGUCUGGCUGAUGCCUUUCGGCUUCAGUUUCAGUGGAUUCCGGUGCUUAUCACGGACCGCAGUCACCACUCAGGUAGAGAACGGAAGCGCGCCAUGCUGUUUGUGCUGCUGCAUGCUACGUUCCUGAUGGUUCUGUGUGGCCACUUUAUGAGCGUCAUCGUGUCGUGGGUACUUGCGUUCAUCCUCCAGUCCGGAGCGAUGUCGCUGUGUGUGAUGCACCUCGCCUUGCUUGAGGAGUACGCGGACUCUAUGAACAACGCACUAGAGCUAGAGCACAUUGUCAACUCUCUCAUCGUUUCCGAGGUCGCGGUGCGAUGCUUUGCUUCUCUGCAGUGCAUUCUAACUGGCUCGUGGAUGUUUCUACUCGCUGGCGGCAUAGAGCUUGCCUACGAUCUCCAGGUGGCACAGCACCGCUCGCUGCUGAUCGAUGCGACGACUAUUUGGAAGGAGCUCGACACGUUUCGCACCGAUGGACGGAUCCGCGCUGUGUAUCAGAUAUUGAUGGUGUUUUUUAGCAUCUUCUACCUUGUCUACUCGUUCUACACCGCGUGA